GUGUUUCAUGUUACGUGCUUUGGAAUUUAGUAUUUCUUUAUCUUUAACGUAUUUCAGAAAUGGAUGCAAGUACCUCAGAGGAAAGAAUUACUUUAGCAUUGGCUGCAUUGAAAUCUGAUCUGAUGGACAUGCGCAGUCAGGAUGUACAACUGAUGAAGCAAUUAAUUGCCAUCAACACGACUAUAAGCUCAAUGUCCAGUGGAAGACGAUCUGGUUUUACAGUCCAUAGAAGCGCAAGUUUUAGUGUAAUAAACAAACCUAAUCCAAGGCCAUUCCAAACGAGACGAUGCUCAGACAGCGCUUGCAAUACCAGAAAAGUGCUUACUAGACACAACAGUGAACCAGUUCCGUCGCCCAGAGGUUCAUUGAACUCAAGCCUCGAAGAUAUCGAUAGCAGCUAUGAGGACCUUGCUGGUUCAGAAGACAGUGAUAAUGAGACGCCCUCUCGGUCUCCACAAAGGGUUGUAUCUUCCAGUCAGUCUCUGAGAAAAUCCUCUCUAUUUUUCAUGAGACCACUACCAGAAGAACCAGACCUUGAUGAGAAGAAAUAUUAUGGAAUACUUAUGAAGAAUAUUAAAUUGUGGAAAUAUUCACAGGAUUCUUUAGAAAGUGCAUACAGCACAGGGGAUUGACUAUCUUUUUCCUGGCGCCAUCUAAUGACGUGAAACAAGGCUUUGCAGAACCCUUCUGCAUCCAAAGGAGGAAACGGUGAUAGCUAUAAUUAGUGCUUGAUGCGCCUUACACGUAGUGUCGCUAAUGCAGAAGGUCAAAUAGAAGUGCCCCUGUCUCAUAUAUUACAGACAAAUCUGUCUCCAAUGAUGGCACUGACUCUGAAAUCACAUGACAAAGCUGUACAUUUCCUGCUUCAUUAUGUAAUACAGCUUGGUGUAAGAAUCUGUACAUUGGAUUUUUGUUGGCAAAAAAAGUUAUCUUGAAGUUUUGUUGGUUCACAUAACAACGAAUAGCAUUCCAUGGUGUAUAGAUAAUAAGUUGGAAGACUAUAGCUAGGAAGUAUAAGAUAACUGAAACAAAAUAUUUAUUUGUGGUAAUAAUAUACAUUUUGUUGAUUCUUUUUACUUGUUAAUAAAAACAAUACCCACAUCUA